CCAUACUUGUACUGCACUGCCAGAUUGAACAUUUCCAUCGCUGCAUAUUAUUUUCUAUAUUUAUUCUGCACUGCGUUCACUUUAGAAAGUAUGAUUGCUUAUCAGCGGUUAGUGAUUCCGGACCAGAAACUCCCCCCAGGUCCAACGUAUGAUGUGCGUGACAACGGAGACGGCGUCUUGUUUUCUGAACUAGAACACACGUGGUCGAUGACGUCCGAACAACAACGGCUGGAGACUUACAGGGACUGGCCGGCGUCGUCCCACCAACAUCCUCUUACCCUCGCCCUCGCGGGUUUCUUCUACACUGGGGUAUCCGACCGAGUGAGGUGUGCGUUUUGUAGAGGGGUGUUAAAAAACUGGCUACGGUUGGAUGACCCCAUGUCUGAGCACAGAUCGCAUUUCCCGCGCUGUCCGUUCGUCCUGGGUGACGACUGUGGAAAUAUUUCUAAGCAAUACACCCCCUAUGCCUCACAAGUAGUUAAGAAGAAAUCCACGGAUUUGAAGGUAGAAAAACAUAGUAACUACUGCGGAGAUAUUCCUAAGGAAUACCCACAUCAUGCCUCACAAGUAGUUAAGCAGAAAUCCACGGACUUGAAAGUAGAACAAAAUAGACUUGAAACAUUCUCUGCCUGGCCGCGGUCCAAGGAACAAAUUCCCGAACUACUUGCACGUGCUGGCUUUUAUUACCAUGGAGAUGACGCCAAGCCUGACAGAGUGAAGUGCGCCUACUGUCAGGGUAGAAUGUACGACUGGCAGCCCGGGGAUGACCCGUGGGUUGAGCAUGCGCGGUGUUUCCCGGGAUGCGCUUACAUAAAACUGUGUCUGGGCCAAGACUACAUUGACGAUGUCCAAGCACAGAUGUCGGAAAUGGCAGAGAAACGAAGGAAUCCUGUUCGAAAAGAUGAAAGGAGUGAGCAAACAACAACACCCAGCGUUCUGGAAUCCACAAUUUGUGGUAGGGAAGACACUCUCGGAAAACUGACGACAAAAAAUGAAGUUGAAAAAGCCAUGAACAGUUGCCAGGUAGAAGCGGUCCUAGAACUUGGAUACCCGAGAGAUUUCGUCCGGCGGAUAGUUGAAUCUAGAAUAAAGGAGAGAGGAGUUGGGUUUGCUAACGCCGAAGAUUUGGCGUCUGUUAUUUUAGAAAAGGAAAACGAAGCUGGGACCAACUCCCAGACGGAAAGUCAUGAAGCUAAGCCAGCAGGAAACAAUAUUUCGGAACAUGCAUGCUCAGACGUUGAGAACGAGAGUCGUGAACUGCAUGAUCGAUUUGUGUGUAAAGUGUGCAUGGAGUGCCAGAUUCAAGUCACAUUCGUACCAUGCGGUCAUCUUGUUUGUUGUGGACAGUGCGCACUGGUCUUGGACGAAUGUCCAAUCUGCAGGACUGGCAUCUCAGGGAUGGUCAGAACUUACUACUGACACAAACAACAAAGACAGAACUUUGUGGAAACUGAAAAGCACACUGUGAUACAUAACUGAACUGCUGAGUAUAUUUAUGGAGAAUAACUGGUUACUGUCUUAAGAUAUCGGUUUUAUCCUGGAAUGGUUAGAAUGGUGAAUGCAGCGAGGCUCUGCCGAGUUGUAUUCACCAUUCGACCUGAUCAGGAUAAAGCCGAUAUCUUAAGACAGGAGCCGGUUAUUUUAUUUAUCUUGCAAUCCUAUAUAAUUCGAAAUAUUAAUGAAAUUAACAAUUUUGUUACACAAGUUUAUCGUUUUCUAAGCUUGCACGUGUUGAAUGCCCUAUGGCCUACAAUAUCUAUACACCAAAACAAAAUAGUCAUUAAAUAGCAACCAUUUAUUUCUUAUUUUUUAAACAGAUAUUGUCUUAUGAACGUUUUAAAAAAUCAAAAUCAUCAACUGAAAAUAAAAUAAUAAGUAACAUUUAACAAUAGGCCAUUCCUUAGCUGAUCAUAACUAGUCAGUGACCGAAAAUAAAGAAAUUUAUCUAGUCAUCAUAUCUCGCACACGUAACACAUAUGUAUGUAGUCAUCAUAUCAUGCCACUAUAUAUAGUGAUUGCAGGAUCAAGUGCAAUAUUUAAAAUUUGUAUCGUGCAGUACAACCAGCGGUGCUGUAAGUUGGAAUGUCUGGAUCCUCUACAUCUUGUAUUCUUUACUUCUCCUUUUAAUUCAUGAAUACUGAACCGAACCGAUACUGAUUUUUAAAGUUACCUAUGAUCACAUCUAGGACCAUCAGCCAACACAUACAUACAUGAGUGUAUAUGUGUAUAUGUGUGUGUGUGUGUGUGUGUGUGUGUG